AUGUCAACAGAAGAGUUCCUAUUAGCGUUACGUCGAUUCAUUGCGCAACGGGGGUCACCAAUGGAAAUAAACAGUGACAACGCAAAACAGUUCAAGUUAGCCAGUGACACAAUACAUUUAAUCUGGCAAAACACUAUCAAAAGCGAUGACGUGCAAACGUAUGUAUCAAAUCAUGGAAUAAAGUGGAAUUUUAUUGUCGAGCGAGCCCCCUGGUAUGGAGGUUACUGGGAAAGACUUGUGGGACUUGUUAAACGAUCAUUACGCAAAUCUCUGGGACGUAGAUCAUUGACUGAUAUUCAGUUACAGACUGUUAUCAAAGAAAUAGAAAGUGUCAUCAAUUCUAGACCACUUUUAUAUGUGGAUGAUGAUAUAAAUUCUAACAUUACGUUAACACCAGGACAUUUUCUGACACUGAACCCACGUACGGGCAUACCUGAAGCGGAUUACGAUGAUAAUGAUCCAGAUUACGAACCAUACGAAAGUUCAACGAAAAAAUUGUUAAAAUUGUGGAAUAAGGGACAAAAACUUUUGAAUAAUUUUUGGGAAAUUUGGAAAAAAGAAUACCUCAUAAGCCUUCGUGAAAGGACUCAGUCGGAAUUAAAAUCACACAGAGUGCAGUCAAGUUUUAAACCUAGUGUUGGCGACGUAGUUCUGAUUAAAGACGAUUUGCCACGGGGAUUAUGGAAAAUGGGAAAGGUGAUUAAACUAAUAAUGUCGAAUGAUGGACAAUACCGAUCAGCCAAAGUAAAUUUGUCAAAUGGUAGAACAAUUGGUAGAACACUAAACCAUUUAUAUCCAGUCGAGGUAUCCGAUGACCAUAAUUCAGUGGAACAAACAAAAUUAUCAAAGCCAGUACUAAAAACACCAAAACAGACAGAACAAACGCGUCCCAAACGAAAAACAGCGAUUAUGUCAAGAAAAAGAAUACAGGAAUUAAUUGCUAAUAAACUGAUUAGUUAA